GUUCACUAUUGAAGCGCGCGUCUUAGUGAACAGUUCGUGGCCAGCUACAACGGCUAGCUUGGGCAAUAAAAAUUUUUGUGGCACACAAAAGUUCAAAUUAGGCGAAAAAAGAAAUUUUUCAAAUUUCAACAUACCUGAUUUCGAGUUGUAAGCGCAAAGAAAUUGUUAAGUGACUGCCUAGUCAAGUAUACAAAAGAUUGCGCAAUAAUUUAAACGCGGCUUAAAUUACAACAAAGUGUGCUAGAAGCCAACUUUAGGUUAAACCGACACGUCGCGGACGCAUUGCAAUCUCGGCAGCUAAACUACUAGUUUAUGUGCGCAUUGUGUAAGUGAGUGACCGUCAAAACUCGGUGUCAUUAAAACAAACAAACAAGCGGCAAAAGUCAAGCUAAAUUACUUGGCUGGCAGUUGUGACCGCAAAUCUUACAGUUUCUGUUGAAAAAUUUGUGUAUUUCUUAGAAAAAAAUGCAGACUUACAAUUUAGAUGCCGCGACGCUGCUCGCUUUAAUUUGCUGUAAUGUUUUUGGUGUGACGUUUGCCAACGAUUUCGCCUACAAUGGAGCAAUGGGACCCGAUCAUUGGGGUGAACAGUUCAGUACGUGCAGUGGCAAGCAUCAAAGUCCGAUCAAUAUUGAUUCGGUUAAUGUGAUCAGACGAACUUAUCCGCCACUAAUUGCUGAACAUUUUGGUUCACAGCCAAUUAGCGCUGAAAUAUUAAACAACGGCCAUACAGUGGUCGUACGUCUUGAGUACGCUGAAGAACGUCCAACCGUAUGGGGUGGUCCAUUAGUCGGUGAAUUUGUUUUCGAACAGUUACAUUUUCACUGGGGCGAUAAUGAUACAUUCGGCAGUGAGGAUCGCAUCAACAAUGUUUCUUUUCCAGCUGAGUUGCAUAUGGUUUUCAGGAAUAUCAAGUAUCCCACCUUCGAAGAGGCGGCGGCGAAGAGCAACGGUGUGGCUGUUUUGGCAUAUUUCUAUAAGAUAACAAGAAAAGAUAAUCCUGAAUAUGAUGAGUUCACGGAGCUAUUAGAACAUGUAGUCAAACCAGGCACGGUUGCUAAGUUCAGUAAUCCACCAUUACUUUGGGAUUUCAGUCACAUUGGAAUUGACGAUUAUUAUACGUAUAUAGGAUCGUUGACUACGCCCCCUUGUAGUGAGGAUGUGAACUGGAUUGAUUUUAAAGAACCAGUACAUAUCUCUGCAAAUCAGAUCGAGCGUUUCCGUCAUCUCCACACUAACGACAAUUCGCCAAUGACACACAAUUACCGCCCACUUCAGCCGCUUAAUGAUCGGACUGUCUAUUCUUCGCUGACGUUGAGAGAGCCAAAGCGUCGUAUCAAACAGCCGGCCAGUGAUAUACCUUUUGUAGAUAAUAUGGUUGGCGGUGCCACGAUGCAGAAACCUUUUGUGGUCGGUGUUGCAACCAUCAUGCUUUCGUUGAGUUUGUUGGUCGCUGUGUGAAUGAAAAUUCCUAAAUUUUCUUAAAUGUAAUGGCUUAACAGUAUAUAUAAGUUGUACCUAUUACCAACUAUAUUUGUGUGGUCAGUUGUGUAACAAUUAUUAUUUGCCUAAUUCGACGCUUACCAAAGUAUCAGUAUUGCAAGUAGACAAAUAUCCAGUGUGCUUAAGUAUACAUUAUUACACUGGAAUGGAUUCGGAUAAGUCUUAAAUAAAAUCGAAGAUGUCACCAUAAAUUUAUUUUGUCUACAACUUUUAAUCGUCUCCAAUCCGAAAAAUUUUGUAUGUGACACUCUUGAACUUGAUAUUAUCGCCUGAGGGAAUUGAAUUUAUAAAGCAUUGUACGCAUUAUGUUUUAAGAACCACCCUAAUUAAUAUACAUUCUCUCAUUUGUAAUUAUUAAUAAGAUAAAUACAUAUGGCACUUUCACCAGUAUGUUAAAUAAUGUAAUUGUUAAUUAAGUUCAUACAUACAUACAUUCUUGUAGUUUUAGUUACAAUUAAUUGAAAGCAGUAUUCUUACAGCAUACAAAUCCUCUGAUGAAUUAGUUAAAUGCAAAUAUGUAUACUUAAGUAUAAGUAUGUAUGUUAAUUUUGUGAUUUUUUAGAGAAAAUUCUGUAUGUAAUAAACUCAAAAUUGUUUUCUGAAUAUGUAUACUCUCGUUUUGUAAAUAAAUAUCUUUAAAAAUUCA